AUGCAAGUGACAAUGCAGAGAAAUGCAAAGACACUCAGCCCCUCGCAUGUAAAGCAAUGUAUACUUGCAGAAUCCCGGUUUGAUUUCCUAAGAGAUUUGGUUAAAAACAUACCUGACGUGACCGCAGCUGAGGAAAGAGAGAUGUUAAGUGGUGAGAGCUCCCCGAAUUCUUCUAGAUUUUCAGACACAUCAGUACCGCGGAGGGUAGCUAGAGAAGAUUCGAACAGUUCGAGCAGUUCCGACAUUAAGGUUCAACAGAUUAUAACAGCGCCAAAGGACAAUCUUAGAAGGGCAUUAUCUGUGGAAACGGAGAUAAAACCUAAAAAUGAAACGGUCACAUCAGAAAGUCCUAUUGAUUUAAGCAAAAAAGUGGAAGAGAAACCCGUUGUAUCAGCAAAUUUCUAUCAAGAAACACUAUUAACAGAGGAAGUACAACAUAAGAGUGUAAUAAAAGUCAAUCCAACGUACUCGAGUCCACAGCCCUCGACGUCUAGUUACACGAAUUUGCCCCCUGUGGAGCCAGUGCAUAAAGUCGAAGUUUUAGUGCCAAAGCCGGAACAUCCAGCGAUGUUCUAUGUAGAUGUAAGGCAAAAUAACACCCCCCCUCCCCGAACACCUGUCACCCCAAUCCUAAAUAUAGAUUUCACUAAAAAUUUAACUAAACCAGAAAUAAAAGUUCUAGACACAGCUGUCGCUAAUAUCGUAGGCGUUCCCAAAUCUGAUAAAAAAUUACAACGACAAAAUUCUAAGUCUAACAAGUCUGAUAUAAAGAAAAGUGAAGCCAAACCCUUCAUACCCCCUCGGAUCGACAUAGAUCACUUGAAUUCAGGAAAUUUACAAAUAGAUGAAGACUAUGAUACC